UUAACAUGCACCCUCUCCAAAGGCUCCGCAUCCUUCCUGUAAUGGGGGAGAACAAAACUAUACAAACCACUCCAAAUGUGAAGGAGCCAUAGUUUUACAAAUCACCUGACCUCUGAAAGUAAACGGCAACAAACAUGUCCAAGAAGAAAAAAGGACGCGCUGAAGCCAAGGCCAAGCCUGUGGGGAUGCAAGAGGAGGUGCUGUCCAACACCACGGACCGAAUCGUCACCCUGCAAAACGAGUUCGAUGAGAUCGUCACAGAACUUAAGCAGCUGAAGUUGAAGAUUUAUCAGCUGCGGCAUGAGAAUGAGUUCCUGGAGAAAGAAGCGCAGCAGACCCGGCUGGAGACGCAAGAAUACAUUCAGCAGAUGGCAAAGAGGUCAGAGAAAACCCAGAAUCAAAUCAUCAGCUUGAGUGACCAGAACCAGAAACAGCUGGACGAAAUCAGGAAUGCAAAGGAGAAAAUAUUGGCCGACUUUGAAUCACAGAAACAAGAUAUGAAAAUGACUCAGAUUGAGAAGGAAACCGAGUUGGUGCAGAUCAACAAGGAGAUCGAGAGCCUGAAUGAGUAUAAAGAGCUGCGCGAGGUGCAGCUGAACCGCAUCAAAGAGCUGGACGAGGAGGUGAUGGACGCUCGGGCCCAGCACUCUCAGAACCUGCACAACCUCAAGGUCAAUUUCAACAAGGAGAAGAACGAGUACAAGCAGAACGCCAAGAGGAUGGUCAAGCUGCUGGAGAAGGAGGCCAACAAGGAGGCAGUGACCUGCCUGAUCCAUCACAUUGAGGCGAUCAAGGAGGAGAAACCUGGACCUCCGGGAGGUGCUGGUGUGCCUGAUCCGUCGGUCUCGGGUGUUGCGGGAGCAGCAGCAGGAGCUGCAGGAGCAGCAGAGCCAGCUGCAGCGGGAGAGGGAAGUACUGCAGCAAGCUCAGGACCCUGCGCUUCCGCAAGCACCUGGACGACUUCCCGCCCGCCAUCGCCGAGCCCGACAAGCCCAGCCCCCACGAGCAGCCCAGGUCGCCGCAGCGCGCCGAGACUCCGGAGCGGCAACGUUCCCAGCGGAUCUCCCCGGUGGUGGUGGUGGUGGCGGCAGCCUCGGUGGUCGACGUGUGGGACUCAGACGACGAGGAACCCGAGGACGAGGAGCCCAAGGCCAGCAAGAAAUCCGUCAAGGUGGUGGAUGAGGAGAUGGAGGAGGAUGAUGAGGAAGCAGAUUAUGAUGACUAGAGGCUGGGACAGACCCACGGCCAACACAGGGAGCUCCAAGCCCAACAAGGUCUCCAACACCAAACCACAACCCGCCCUCGACACGACCGCUCUUCCACUUUCAAUGCUUUUCCAGAUUCUGUAUCUAUUUUUCUCUCUCUGUCGAUGAAUAUUAAAAUUACUGCA